AGUUCGAUUCUCCCUACUAACGCUUUCUCGAUCGAGCUUGUCGUACAGGACUUGUCUAGUGCUAUUUACCUGACUGGCGUGAUUUGCAGACUAUUACGUCAAUUCGAGAGUUUAUUCAAUGCGCACUCAAAGAGUAGCGACUACAGAAAAAAAAUUACAACAACGAUGACAUGAAUUCUGUUGAUCAUUGGAGUAGAUUUUGAGAUCAAGGGUAUCCAUAUUUCAUGAUUCGAGCUAAUAUACUGCCAAGUGGAAAGCAACAAAAUCCAUGUGUAACGUGUCGAAAUCUUUAUGGUUAAGCUUGACGGCUUAACAAAAUCAAUCUAUUAACUUCACUUGGAUUGGUUGGCAAGUCAAAUUUACAUCCUUGCGGCUAGAGAAAGAUUCAGAGAGUGAUGAAAACGAAAACGGAAUCGGAAGCAGAAAAAAUGGAGGCGAUUCAACGAGCUAUAAAGCAAUUAAUGGAAUUGGAGGAUGAAAAAUUCAACCCCAGUAGAUCCUCUUCUCUCCUUGAAAGUUAUGCGGCGGUGGACAGCGAAGAUGAUAAAAGUACUGGUGGGCGACGCCGCCAGCUACUCUCCAAAAUGCUUUUUCAGUUAGAAUCAUUGGACGGCAUCCCUCAAAAAUCCGGGGAGUUGGCCGAUGAAGAGCACGUACAUUCUUCCAAAAACAGUGAAAGGAGUGCGACUGCAAAUGCAGUGGGCAAUAGUACUUCUGGUAUCACAAAUGAGGACAUAACCAAAGAGCUUAAGGAGUUGAAGAAGCAGAAUUUUGUCACCCACUGCCUUCUAUCAGCAUUGAUUGUUUUAACCAUUGCAUGGCAACUGUCUGAAGUCUCUCUUAUUUUGAAAGUUAAAGAUGGUUUGAGCAACCCUUUGAGAUCCAUUGGCCGUAUGAUCACCGGGAUGUUUAAAAAAAGCCGCAAAAAUGGUAUUGUUCAAGAGGCGGCUAAGCAUGUUUCUGCAAAGGAAAGGGAAAUCCCCGAGCCGACUCCCCUUCCUGGUCUUAGAAUUCCUGGGUUUCCCAUCGAGGACUUGCUAGGUUGGGACUCCAGUGAUGAAGACUAGCAACUGAUUUCAAGUGUACGCUGUAUUUACAUUUGGUUUCAUCUGCAAUUGUAAAGAAGGAAAUAUGUGCUGUGGAAUCUAUUCAUUGCACAAACAAUUGUAGAGUAUCUUGGUAGACGAGGAGUUUCACUUCAAAAUCAGGGCUGUCAGAGGUUCCCAAUUCUGAUGGAAAUUAAUGAAUUUUUCAUUUGAA